AUGGGCAACAAACAAGCCAAACCCACGCCGCCGCCUGCGAGUGCCUCACGCAGUGCGCCGUCCUCGGCACCCGCGUCCACACCAUCGUGUCCUGCUCCUAUUGAAGCCUCUCCGGUCUGUGAACUAGCGCCUGCCCCUUCCAGCGCUCCGCUUGCGCCCUCGUCCACAGCCUCGUCAGCACCUCCACAGUCGCUGCUCGAGACCAAAUUGGCCGACGUGGACGUGUCUGCGAUCUUUUCGCCCUACGAAAUGCGCUCAAUCCGCAAGCACUUGGCGGCGGUUCUGGGACAGCACGAGAAGGACGCAGUGGUGAUUCCCAAGGACGAAUUCUUUCGCUUCUUGGCAGGUGGAGACGGCAGCACGUCGAGUCUCUAUGCGAAUCGCUUGUACGCGAUCUUUGACAUGGAAAAGAAGGGACAUGUAACCUUUGAGAAUCUCAUGAAAGGGUUAUCGCUGCUGAGUCAGAAGGCCACUCGUGAACAGAAGCUGAUGCUGUCUUUUUACCUGCUGGAUCCCAAAGGCACGGGAGUCAUUACGAAGAAAAUGACGACGGAACUGCUGCGCUCGUGUCUCGAUGAAUGCAACGAGUUGGAGAUCUCGCUCUCGGAGACCCAGCUGGCCCAUAUUGUGGACAACACGUUUGUGGACGCCGACUUGGACCACAAUGGAGUCAUUGAUUUGAACGAGUACCAGGCUCUCGAUGCAAAGCACCCGGGACUGUUUGACUUCCUCACAGUGGACGCUUUCGGCGUACUGAGUCACCUAGAGAAAGUGCACUCGAUGAGCGUCACCGUGCCUCAGCACUGA